UUCAAAGACCAACUCGACCAAUCCAAGGCAACGUGUUCCUUUAAACAAAUUGACAUUUGCAUUUGUACUUGUGCAAUUUUUGUUAAGUGCAGAGCUCUUCUGCCCCUGAGUCUAGAUUGACAAUCAACUUGUCAAAAGCAUUGUUUUUGUAAAGUGUUUGCCUCAAUUCCACCACCCAACAGUGGCUUCACUUACAUAUAACUAUUUGCAACUUGAAAAUCUAAAAAUCAAGAAUUGGCAUAACAUCCCUCCUGAGCAGCAACCUUAGGCAUAAUAGCUAACACGUUUGUUUUUGCUGAACACUCAUCCGUCAAAGUGACGGAAUAAUCCACCAUUAUACAUCAUCAUUAAAUUGAUUCGACAAAAGUGUAUGUCCUGCGAAAAUAAAUUAAUUUUGUAUUAACAAUUAAAUAAUAAAUAUUAUCUUUAUUGCGAGCUACCAGCAAUAUGGAUAAGUAAUUAUAAAGAAAGGACCUUGUAUAACAUAAAACAAACAAUUUAUUUUGGAAAUUAUACUGGUAGAUCUUUAAAACCAAAUUAAUCACCAGGACUCUUUACACGCCGUUUAUACAUCGAAGCAUAGCACGUGAUGAGUCCAAUGUGUGAAUAGUUGUGUCAUGUGAAAAUGCAUAAUAUAAAACGGCUGAAGAAAAGACUACCAUGCAUUUGAUCACUGGUUAUUCUACUUGGAUGUGAAAUUUACCAACUUUGACACAUCCAUUUGGUUCUUGGGAAAGCCAGCUCGGCGUAAAAAACACAUCUGGGUAAUUUUUAAGUUUUGGGAGAGAAUUGCUUAGCAAGAAUGAUGUUUCGGUUUACACUGAUGAUAACUGCACUACUUGGAUUGGCUUCUGCCAAGCCGAUUAAUAUUAAGGGGCUGUUGGCGGAACCGACUGCACUGCCUCUUGAAAGUAAGACUGGUCCUGACUUUGAGUUGAAGGAACCGACUGCCCUGCCACUUGAAAGCAAGACUGGUCCUGACUUUGAGUUGAAGGAACCGACUGCCCUGCCUCUGGAAAGCAAGACUGGUCCUGACUUUGAGCUGAAGGAACCGACUGCCCUGCCUCUUGAAAGCAAGACUGGCCCUGACUUUGAGUUGAAGGAACCGACUGCCCUGCCACUUGAAAGCAAGACCGGUCCUGACUUUGAGUUGAAGGAACCGACUGCCCUGCCACUUGAAAGCAAGACCGGUCCUGACUUUGAGCUGAAGGAACCGACUGCCCUGCCUCUUGAAAGCAAGACUGGUCCUGACUUUGAAUUGAAGGAACCGACUGCCCUGCCACUUGAAAGCAAGACUGGUCCUGACUUUGAGCUGAAGGAACCGUCUGCCCUGCCACUUGAAAGCAAGACCGGUCCUGACUUUGAGCUGAAGGAACCGACUGCCCUGCCUCUUGAAAGCAAGACUGGUCCUGACUUUGAGUUGAAGGAACCGACUGCCCUGCCACUUGAAAGCAAGACCGGUCCUGACUUUGAGCUGAAGGAACCGACUGCCCUGCCUCUUGAAAGCAAGACUGGUCCUGACUUUGAGCUGAAGGAACCGACUGCCCUGCCACUUGAAAGCAAGACCGGUCCUGACUUUGAGCUGAAGGAACCGUCUGCCCUGCCACUUGAAAGCAAGACUGGUCCUGACUUUGAGUUGAAGGAACCGACUGCCCUGCCACUUGAAAGCAAGACUGGUCCUGACUUUGAGUUGAAGGAACCGACUGCCCUGCCACUUGAAAGCAAGACUGGUCCUGACUUUGAGUUGAAGGAACCGACUGCACUGCCACUUGAAAGCAAGACCGGUCCUGACUUUGAGUUGAAGGAACCGACUGCCCUGCCACUUGAAAGCAAGACUGGUCCUGACUUUGAGUUGAAGGAACCGUCUGCCCUGCCACUUGAAAGCAAGACUGGUCCUGACUUUGAUUUGAAGGAACCGACUGCCCUGCCACUUGAAAGCAAGACUGGUCCUGACUUUGAGUUGAAGGAACCGUCUGCCCUGCCACUUGAAAGCAAGACUGGUCCUGACUUUGAGUUGAAGGAACCGACUGCCCUGCCACUUGAAAGCAAGACUGGUCCUGACUUUGAGUUGAAGGAACCGACUACCCUGCCACUUGAAAGCAAGACUGGUCCUGACUUUGAGUUGAAGGAACCGUCUGCCCUGCCUCUUGAAAGCAAGACUGGUCCUGACUUUUAGAGACUUCAGGCAAGCUAAAUUGGUCAGUUUGCAAAAUGCUUUUAUCAACAACCUAGUUUUUUCUCUCAAUUAAAUAACCGUUCAAAGCCUAAAUAGCAAAUACACUGUACAUGAAGUCUUUCCUGUUUCUCACACUUAAGAAACGGUCUUUGCACAAAGAAGAUUACUAACUUAGGGCCUGAUUUCACUAAUAGCUAUCACUAAUCUUAACCAGUGUGUAACUUUAAAUUGCAGAGCAUCACAUCUAACCCAAUACAAAUCACUUUUGUGAUAAACUCAACUUAAGAUGAAUCUUAGUAAUUCUUUGAUAAAUUGAGUUCUUUGCCAACCAUGGUUGGUUCGGUUUGGAUUCCACAAGUAAGGCAAAACCAGGGAAUGAGUCUCGAAGUUUGGAAAGAGCAGCUCACAUUGUUCAGUUGUAAAGGACACAAUUACUAUCAUUACAAUUCCACGAAAUAUUAAAAAAUCAUCUUCACUGAAAUUCUAAGUGUAAUGAAAGCAAUGUUUUAGGAAAAUAAAGCAAGAAUAAGAAAGAAAAAACAUAGUUGUGUAGAUUGAGUAGUGUAGCUUACAAAUACAAUGAAAACAACUUAAAGUAAGACAAAAAUUAAGACUGAUGUUCUAACCUUAUCCAUAGGCUGUGUCUUAGUUGAUGGCUACAACUAUGGCUACGGCUACAUCAUCAUGGGUUGAAGUAUAGGAUGUCCUUGGAAACACCCUUAGCAAUAGUCGUAGCCAGAGCUGUAGCCACCAAUUCGAACAGAGCCUUAUUAAUAAAACUGCCAUAAGGCCGAGUCACACUGCAGCAGUAACGAAAACAAUAACGAUAACAGAGCGAUAACGAAAAAGAUAACGAUCAAGAUGCAAAGAAAACUCAUCCUAUUGCUUGAAUUGCUCCACGCGGACUACGCACACGCUCAUUAAACCAAUGGAAUGCGUUCUCUUUGCGUCAUGAUCGGGAUCAUUUUCGUUAUCGCUGCAGUGUGACUCGGCCUUAACACUGUAAUUUCCCAUAAACGGAAUCAUGGUUGUAAAAGUUAUACGAUAGCUAUUCAAUAGUUCUGGAAUAACUUGAAUUGUUGGUCUAAAACAGAAAUAAACACAUAGAUCCAGGGUCUGCAGUCUAUAAUUGUUUUAUUUUUAUGUAUUUCUUCGCAGAUUAUAUUAAUAUGAUACUGAUCAUAUCUUUGUUUCUGAAGCUAAUGCCGACUUCGUAUUCUAGUAACUCUUCUGACCGGUGACCAAACUCCCCGCAUAAAUAAAAUUGUGGACCUUCUAACGGCUUGAACUAAUUACAGUUUGCCUUGAGGUGUGCAAACAACCGGCCAAACAAGGUUAAAAACCAUGAGAUGUAAAUAAUGAAUAUUUAUGAGUGCAAUGGGUGAGAAUAUUUUCAUAGAUUGAAACAUGGAAUGUUCCAUUCAACAAGGUGAGGUAGAGUUGAAUGGAACAAUCCAUCUUUCAAUGAAUAAAAUAUUAUUGCGCAAAUAAAUGUUCACUAUUUGUUAUAUAAUCUGAUUGGAAGAUGAAUCUAUAAAAAUAAAUAAAGUUUAAAAUUUUCAAAAUUACGUAUUUGGCUUAAAAUAGCCUGGAUGUACACACCAAAUAAGCAUAUGCUGAAAUCUGACAAUUUUCAACUGACGCGACAGAUUUUAAAAUUAUCAUGUGACCUUAAAUCCUCCAAUCAAAUGACAAGGAUUAAGGACUAAUUUCAUAAAGCUGUUAAGCAGAAACUACUUCUUGAUA